GUGUCCAAAAACAACGCACCCUAUGUUUUGUCGCAGGUUUGGUGACGUCCAACAAUCGACUUGGUCUGAAGUCUGCGGGACAGGCCUCAACACUUUUCAUGUACAACUUGGUCUCACUUUUUUGUCCAUGCCGUUAUUUCGGUAAACAUAUUGGCCGGAUAUGAGCAGAUGGAACGCUUUAUCCUGUGAUUGAAGCAAGAACGGUCGGGAAGGUUCGCCACCUAGCUGAAGCUACUAGCUAGCUGCCAAGUGGGGAAGGAAGUGAGAAGAGAAAAAAUGACAUCUCGGAGGUGGUUUCACCCCAACAUAACAGGCGUGGAGGCAGAGAACCUCCUGCUGACUCGAGGCGUGGACGGCAGCUUCUUAGCCAGACCCAGCAAGAGUAAUCCGGGGGACUUCACGCUGUCAGUACGGCGGAACGGUGCUGUCACCCACAUUAAGAUCCAGAACACGGGGGACUAUUAUGACCUCUAUGGCGGGGAGAAGUUUGCCACGCUGGCUGAGCUGGUGCAGUAUUACAUGGAACACCACGGGCAGCUGAAGGAGAAAAAUGGAGACGUCAUUGAGCUCAAGUAUCCUCUCAACUGUGCUGACCCGACCUCAGAGAGAUGGUUCCACGGUCACCUGUCGGGUCGCGAGGCGGAGAAGCUGCUGACGGAAAAAGGGAAGAACGGCAGCUUCCUGGUCAGAGAGAGUCAGAGCCACCCCGGAGAUUUUGUUUUGUCGGUGCGCACUGGUGAUGACAAGACGGACAGCAGUGACAGCAAACAAAAAGUCACGCAUGUCAUGAUCCGCUGCCAGCACGACCUCAAGUACGACGUGGGCGGGGGUGAGAAGUUUGAUUCCCUCACAGACCUGGUGGAGCACUACAAGAAGAACCCCAUGGUGGAGACACUCGGCACGGUGCUUCAACUCAAGCAGCCCCUCAACACCACUCGCAUCAACGCCGCAGAGAUCGAAAGUCGAGUUCGGGAGCUGAGCAAGCUGGCAGAGGCCACUGACAAAGUCAAACAAGGCUUUUGGGAAGAAUUUGAGACCUUACAGCAGCAGGAGUGCAAGCUGCUCUACAGCCGCAAAGAAGGCCAGAGGGCUGAGAACAAGAACAAGAACAGAUACAAGAACAUUCUACCAUUCGACCACACACGGGCGGUCCUGAACGACGGCGACCCUAACGAGCCUGGAUCCGACUACAUCAACGCCAAUAUCAUCAUGGUAGUAUCUCCUAGCAUGCCGGACGUGGACUCCAAGGCUAACAGCACCAAGGUGAAAAAGUCCUACAUCGCCACUCAGGGAUGCCUGCAGAGCACCAUAAGCGACUUCUGGAGGAUGGUGUUCCAGGAGAACUCUCGGGUCAUCGUCAUGACCACCAAGGAGGUGGAGAGAGGAAAGAGUAAAUGUGUGAAGUACUGGCCCGAAAUGUCAGCCUUGAAGGAAUAUGGUGCCAUGCGAGUUCGCAACGUGAGAGAGACGGCGGCACACGACUACAUCUUGAGAGAGCUUAAACUGUCCAAAGUUGGCCAGGGAAACACAGAGCGUACCGUCUGGCAGUACCACUUUAGAGCGUGGCCUGACCACGGCGUCCCGACCGACCCUGGCGGCGUUCUAGACUUCUUGGAGGAGGUCAACCUGAAGCAGGAGAGCAUCCUGGAUGCGGGGCCCAUAGCGGUUCACUGCAGUGCGGGUAUCGGGCGGACGGGGACGUUCAUCGUGAUCGACAUCCUGAUCGACGUCAUCAGAGAAAAAGGGGUGGACUGUGACAUCGACGUGCCCAAGACCAUCCAGAUGGUGCGCUCGCAACGCUCGGGGAUGGUGCAGACGGAGGCGCAGUACCGCUUUAUCUACAAGGCGGUGCAGCACUACAUUGAGACGCUGCAGAGACGUAUCGUGGAGGAGCAGAAAAGUAAGAUUAAAGGUCGCGAGUACACCAACAUCAAGUACUCAUUGUCGGACCUGACGGGAGGAGAGCAGAGCCCGUUGCCUCCCUGCACUCCUCUUCCCACGCCCACCUGCACAGAGAUGAGGGACGACAGCUCCAGAGUCUACGAGAACGUGGGCCUGAUGCAGCAGCAGAAGAGCUACAGAUGAGACUCGCCUUCGACCCCUCCCCAGUCUCCUGCUGGUUCCACGACCCUGACACCCGACCGUUUCUUUGCCAGCCUCACCGUGACGCCGCCGUAACCGCACGGAACAACGGACAAACACAACAGUACAACACGAGAGAGUGCCUCAUCCCGUUCUCGCUUGCCCUCGCCAGUCGAACCCCAAACCACUGUGACCUGAGAGCCCAGUCUGGGUUCAUCUGUAGUAAAAGUCACCGCAGUUAGCGCUGGGACUUAGCGCGCUGAAACAUCCUCCAUUUUUUUUUUUAAAGGAAUUAACUAAAGCUAAAUAUGUAGAUUGUCUGUAGAGUUACCUAAGGAAGUUCUGUGCCAACAUCACAUCUCAUCGUAAAAGUUUGAUUGAUGAUUGGCUGAUGACUGGAGUGGUUGUAGGACGAGAAUGAAAACAAUGCGUACUCUUUCACUGACCUCGCCAGAACUGCCUUGACGAGAAACGUGCGUCCUCUCGCGACGUCACCGCCUCAACUCGAAUGUCCAUGUCGCAGCAGUCGCGCCUCAUCCGAUUGUCUGCGGUCAUCGUCCAAUUAGAGUUCAGAGAUGUCGCUAUGACCACAUUGAGAUUUCCGCCUCAUGGCUGGCAAAACAACAACUUCCAUGUUUAUUUUUAAGUGCAUAUUACAUGUCUGUCUUAUUUUAAACAACACUUGCCUUUUGGUAAACCAUUGCCUCCUUUGAGCGCCACCGUGUGGUCGUCACAGGUGGAGUCAAAGGUGACGUGAAGCCUGAUAUCACUGUCGAUUUGCUUAGCUUAGCCUGGCAAGUGAACAGUACGGCCUUGUUUUAAAUGUAGAAAUAGUCCCAUUAGCCACAAAGCGCUGUUACCAAGGAGACGUUCGCUGCCCUUGCAAAACACUAACCCGACGAGACCAACCAUGCUUUGGUGCAACACUAUUUUAACAGUGCUAACACUAUAAAUUGUGUCCUAUUUAAGGAACGACUCAUUAAAUAGGAGACAGUGGAAUAUUCCCUUCCUGACGCGUCGAGAAUUGUCAAUGGAAUGUAAAAUGGGCCCAAAAGAAAGGCAAGUUUUCUUGCUGGAUUCUAAGCAUAGCGGGACAGAAGAGGGGUGCAAAUCUUACAUUUCCAGUUUCACAAUAAAACCCCAAUGCCUUUUUAACACAAAGCUGCAGCAGCAUUAAAUGCUGCCUUGGAGCUCCAUGGUGCCUCCUAAGGAUUGUAGUGGUAUUACAAGACAAUACAUAGUGCACCGUUUUUUUUUUUGAACAGACAGGUUAGGUAUUGAAAGUGAAAGUGUUACUCUGCUUCAUGCUAAGCUAAAUGGUGCUAUCAGUCUUUGCGUGUUUGAGAUCUGACUCAAGUGUCACUGAUUGUUUUGGACUCCCUGUCCGCCAUCAGAUGUUUCCUUUUCCGCUCAUUUCAAACAUGGCCUCAAGAUUUCUCGUGUCCAUCCUUCGCAUUGUGCUCACGUUUGCUGACCGUCACCACGCCACGUUGGAGUGCGUCCGGACGCUUCCCAUGGCAAGCUGAGAACUGAGUACGCCGUGUACUCCAAACCCGAUCGACUGAAAUGCUCCAUGGCGUGCUCGCCUCUGGAUCAUGAUAGGCCCCGCCCACAUUAACAUAGACACAUAGACACGUUUGUCAUGUGACAGAGACCACACUUCAUUUUAGUCCCGCCCCCAGUUCCAUCCCUCGGACUUGACUCUUUGCGACCCCUUCCUCCCCACCACCAGAAGCAAACAAACAAAAGUCUAUUUUUGAAGGUGUAUAUUGUACUUAGAAAUAGCCGACAAAAUAAAGUGUAUAUGCAUCAUGUCCUCUCUUGGCGGCACGCAAGAGAGUUUAUUAAAAAAAAUUAAAAAAAAAAAGCAGUUAACGUCCUCACUAAGAAUAAAAUGGCGAGCUCAU